AUGGCAGUCCCGGGGACAAACCAUUUUCUCUGCUCGGCAUUUCUGUUUGUGAUGAUGUUUCUCUGCGCAUCUGGGUUUGAGGACCUAGAAGAUAAAAAGCUUUAUGUAGUCUACAUGGGCUCUACUCCGUCAAAAGGUUAUGGGGACUCCCUCAAAGCAGCUGUUCCUGUGUACCUUGGAAUGCUAAAAUCUGUACACGGAAGCGAUGAGGAAGCUCAGAAUUCUUUGAUGGUUAGUUAUGGAAAGAGCUUUCGUGGGUUUGCAGCUAUGCUUUCUCCAUCCCAUGCCCAAAAACUAUCAGAUAUGCAUGGCGUGGUUUCGGUGUUUGAGAGCAAGAAGCUGCAACCCUUGACUACUAGAUCGUGGGAUUUCAUCGGUUUCCCUGCAUCUGCUCAAACAAAUCAUCUGGAUUAUCAGAGCGACAUCAUCAUUGGUGUUUUGGACUCUGGAAUAUGGCCAGAAUCAGAGAGUUUUACGGACAAGGGAUUAGGUCCUGUCCCCCCCAAAUGGAAGGGAGGCUGCAGCACAAAUUCUAAUUUUCCUGCCUGCAACAGGAAACUUAUAGGGGCAAAGUACUAUCGUAGUUUCACCACAGUUCCUCCUAAAGAAGAUCACUUGUCUCCAAGAGAUAGAAUAGGCCAUGGGACACACACCUCCUCUACAGCUGCUGGAAAUUUUAUCAAAAAUGCAAGCCUUUACGGUCUUGCUCCAGGGGACAGUCGAGGUGGAGUCCCUGGUGCAAGGGUUGCUGCAUACAAGAUUUGUUGGGCUGGUGAGGGCUGUGGGGAUGCAGAUAUUCUUUCAGCCUUUGAUGAUGCUAUCCAUGAUGGUGUCGAUAUUAUUUCUGUGUCACUUGGAUCUACCAUUGCAUACCCCUACUUUCAGGAUGCCAAUGCCAUUGGAGCAUUUCAUGCAAUGAAGAGUGGAAUUCUUGUAUCUACUUCUGCUGGAAAUAGUGGACCUAUUAUACCAUCUGUUACAAAUAAUUCUCCUUGGUCUCUAACUGUGGCAGCAAGUAGCAUUGAGCGCCAGAUGAACACUCAAAUUCUUCUUGGAAACAACAUUUCAAUAACGGGGAUUGCUGUAAAUACAUACACGAUGGAGAAACAAUGGUAUCCUUUAGUAUAUGGAGAAGAUGUUGCUAAUGUUUCUGGGGGCUAUACUCCAGAAAAUUCUAGAGCUUGCUUAUCUGGUUCUCUGGAUCACGAAAAGGUUGAAGGAAAAAUCGUCCUUUGCAAUAGAACUACCGAUCCCCCAGAUCUCUCAGUUCUUCAUGCAGGCGGUGCGGGUACUAUUAUAAUUAGUGAAAAUAAUCCUGACGUGGGCUCCUUAUUUUUAACCCCUGCAUCAGUAAUUACUAAUGAACAGGCAAAACCUGUCUUGCCGUACAUAAGGUCAACAAGGUCUCCAGUUGCAAAAAUUCAAAAGACUGCCGAUGCCAAAGCUACUGCACCAAUAGUGCCUGCAUUCUCAUCGCGAGGUUACAAUUCAAUCACACUGGAUAUCCUCAAGCCAGAUAUCACUGCACCAGGUGUGGACAUUUUGGCAUCUUUUGUACCAAAUACUUCACUGACUGACCAAUCUGAAGACAAAAGGUUCUCCAACUUUAAUAUAAUAUCGGGAACAUCCAUGUCAUGCCCUCAUGCUUCAGGAGCAGCAGGGUUUGUUAAGUCUUAUCAUCAAGAUUGGUCCCCUGCUGCAAUUAAAUCAGCUCUCAUGACUACAGCAUCAGUAUUGGAUCCAAAGUUGCCAGGAAAUGAGGAUGCAGAAUUUGGUUAUGGAGCUGGGCAAAUCAAUCCAUUGAAGGCAAUCGACCCGGGGCUUGUUUAUGAUGUAGGUGUAAAAGACUACAUCAAUAUGCUUUGUAAGGAUGAAACAUACAAUGAUACCACUUUACGUUCGGUGACAGGAGACAACAGUAAUUGCAAUAAUAUAGCAAAAGUUAAAAAUGGAGCACGAGAACUAAACUACCCUUCAAUAAUGAUUUAUACUGAUCCAAUAAAAUCGUUUCAAGCUAAAUUUCCAAGGACUGUUACCAAUGUAGGAGUUGCCAAAAGUACAUACAAGGCUAUUAUUACUCCACCAUCUGGAAUCAAAGUAACAGUGGAACCAAGUCAGUUAUCAUUUUCAUCAAUAAACCAGAAGUUGUCGUAUACUGUUACAGUUGAAGGUGGAUCUCUAGACGACAACACAUUGCUCUCAGGCGCCUUAACAUGGAGUAAUGGUAAAUACACUGUGAGAAGCCCAAUAACUGUGUUUACUCCCUCAACGUAG